CGAUCCAGUCCAACCUCAACGCCGGCGAGGGCGAGGCCGCUGACUCCAAACGGCUCGCCUCUCUGCACGUGAGCGACUGGGCGAGGCGAGCCAAGGAUUCGACCGUUGCGUUCUCCGCCCAAACCUUAAAGCCCCAAUCCCAUAUCGCCCCACAAUUCCAAACUUCGCCUCGCCGCUCCCCCUCCCUACACAAGCUUCCUCCCCCUCCGCGCCGCUCCUCCAGGCUCCAGCCAUGGCGAUCGCCACCGAGUCGCGCGGCUGCGAGGACAGGGAUUCAGCCCAUGCAAACGAGGAGAAGCGGUGGGUGCUGUCUGAUUUCGAGGUUGGGAAGCCUCUUGGGAGGGGCAAAUUCGGCCACGUAUAUCUUGCCAGAGAAAAGAGGAGCAAUCAAAUUGUGGCUUUGAAAGUUCUUUUCAAGAGCCAGCUUAAGCAAUCACAGGUCGAGCAUCAGCUGCGACGCGAAGUGGAGAUUCAGAGUCAUCUUCGUCAUCCUAAUAUUCUUCGCCUGUAUGGGUACUUCUAUGAUCAGACCCGGGUUUACCUAAUCCUGGAAUAUGCUGCCAAGGGUGAGCUGUAUAAGGAACUGACAAGGUGUAAACAUUUUUCUGAGAGACGUUCAGCAACUUAUAUUGCAUCAUUGGCUAGAGCUCUGAUCUACCUGCAUGGGAAGCAUGUUAUCCAUCGGGACAUUAAACCAGAAAAUCUUUUGGUUGGAGCCCAGGGCGAGAUCAAAAUCGCCGACUUUGGCUGGUCUGUGCAUACCUUCAACAGAAGAAGGACUAUGUGCGGAACUCUGGAUUACCUGCCACCUGAAAUGGUGGAGAAGACAGAACAUGAUUACCAUGUUGACAUAUGGAGCCUGGGUAUUCUGUGUUAUGAGUUCCUUUAUGGGGUCCCACCUUUUGAAGCUAAGGAGCACUCAGAAACAUACAGAAGGAUAGUAAAAGUCGACUUGAAGUUCCCACUGAAACCAUUCGUUUCGCCCGCCGCAAAGGAUUUGAUUUCCCAGAUGCUGGUCAAGAACUCGGCCCAGCGGCUGCCUCUCCACAAGGUUCUUGAGCACCCAUGGAUCGUCCAGAACGCCGACCCUUCCGGUGUGUGCAGAGGAUAGAACCACCACCACCGGCUGAAGGGAGUGCGAUUCUUUCCACUCUCCCCAUUUCGAGGGGAGUGCGAUUCUUUCGACUGUUUAUGGCUUCUGUCGCCCGAAUUGCCCCACCCCGAACUGUAUCUUGUAGCACCGUGUACUGUGUGUAGUUGGGGCCGUGGGCAAAUUGCCCUAAACCCUUGAACAACCUUCUUUACUCGUAGUCUCGUAUGAGAGAGCCUUGUAGAGUCUCGUCCGUCCAAUUAUGAACUCGAGGGCAAUGUGCAGGAAAAUGUUGAAGGUAUCGUCCAU